GAAGCAAAACUGGACUCUCAGAAUGGAUGAUCCCAUGUGCAGUAUCCCUCACAGUAGGGAUGACAGUAAUGGGGGUCAAAUGGAAGCUGCUGUUGAAGAACUUGGCAGCAUGUUUGGACAUCAGGUUACGAGGGAGGAGAUGAUGGAGGUGCUGCUUGCUAACAAUUAUGACCUGAAUUCGUCCAUUAGUGCUCUUAUUCAAAAGGGAAACAGACAGUCACCAGACAGAAGAUAUGAAAGUAGACAAGGUGACUACAUUGGUGUUCAGUAUGACUUGCCAGAUGCUUAUUGUUAUGAAUCAGCUCUUUUUUUUGGAAAGUGCACAUGUGAACGCUUGCCAGUGAAGCGCCUGAUCAAGGAGUGGUACAUCGAUAUUGUGAAGAAGCGUGGAACAGACAAGCGAAAGCAGAAUGUAGGGCGGAGGCUUGCCCGCUCCCGAAAUGUGAGUCAGUGCAGUGCAGAUUCAACUGUCACAAACAGCAUGGAUAGUCAUGAUAUAGGGGAGUCAAGUCAGGAUCUGAGUGAGGAUAGUCAAGAUAUCAUACCAGAUUUCUUUGACAUGGAAAUGGAAAGUGAUUAUGAGAACACAUCAAGUACAAGUGCUUCUAGACAACAGACUUCAGGCAACUCAAGGGGCUGUUCUCAGGAGGAUGCAUUGCCAUUAGAGAUUCCUCCGCUUACUUUGAAGGUGAACAGUACAACAGAUUCUAAGUGUGUUGCAGAUAAACCUGUCUCUUUGAGCAAUGGCAUCCCAAUCCCCAAGCUACCAAAAGAAAGACCAGAGAGAGAAUACAAUUUCUCCAUUCCUCCAGUAAGCUCAUGUUCUGCUGUGUACUCUGGUCCUAGUUUGGCAUUCCUUGUUCAGUCAAAAGAAGAAACCCCAAGUCCCAACUUUUUACCCCAACCUUUGUCAAGUCAUGAAAGUACUGGCCCAAGUUUGUCAACUUUAGCUCAGUCACAUCUUGAAAAUGCUGCCCCAGGCUUGUCAUCUCUUGCUCAGUCUCACCAGAAAAGCACUGGUCCUGGUCAGUCAUUACAGGCUCUAUCUCAUUCAGGACAGUAUGGUCAUGGUUUACUUACUGCAUUGCAGCCAUCUUUGGAAAUUAGUGGGCCUAAUCUCUCAAGCUUGGCAGAGUCCAAGCUAGGGCCUAGUUUGUCAAGCCUACAGUCCAAUCUGGAAGGUACUGGUCCCAGUCUUAAUAGCAUUGUCAGCCAAGAAAGCAUUAGGCCAGGUCUUCCAAGCUUUGCUCAGUAUAGCCAAAUAAACAGUGGGCUUGGUCUUGCCAGUCUAGCUCAGUCAGCUGUAGGAGACACUGGGCCUAGUAUUUCAAGCCUUGCUCAGUGUAAUCAAGCAGGCGUUGGGCUUAGUCUCGCUAGCCUAGCGCAGUCUAACUUAGGAAACACUGGGACUAAUCCUCCAAGUCUUGUUCAUUCAGAUCAAGCAAGUAGUGGGGUUAGUCUUGCAAGCCUAGCACAGUCUAAUUUAGGAAACACCGGGGCUAGUCUUUCAAGCUUGGCACAGUCAAAUCUAGAAGGCAAUGGACCUACCCUGAUCAACUUAGCACAGUCCAACCUAGAGAAUAUUGGGCCAAGUCUUGCUAGCCUAGUACAGUGUAAUGUAGGAGACGGUGGUCCUAGUCUUUCAAGCCUAGCACAGUCCAACCUAGGGAACAGCAUCCCAGGUCUUUCAAGCCUUGCUCAGUCCAACCAAACAAGUAGUGGGCCUAGUCUUGCAAGCCUAGCACAGUGUAACUUGGGAGACAGUACAUAUCCCCAUUUGGAAACUAUAAGAGACAAUGUUUCAAAGCCUCUUGAUUUUAAAAUACCAUUACUUUUAGGGUCUCCAAAGUCAGAUAAUCAAUUAUAUACAAAUGGCAAUGGUGUGUUAACAGUAGCCCAACAUCUCAACAGAAAUGAAACUGGCAAAAUGCUCCAUAAUCAUUCUGAAGAAAAUGCUCCUGGAGUGCCAAUAGAUUUAAGGGAUGCACUGAGUGCAAGAUUACUUUCAGAGAAAAAUGAGAUUGAUUUGCCAUCAUUAGCAAGUCUGAAAGUUUCCUGUAAAGAACCUGUCAUGCAUCAUUCAUCACCUUGUCAGUCUUUUUCUUCUCAUAGCAAUAUAUCUCCACAAGAUUUUCCAUCAAAUCCACAUUUGCCUCCUGGGCUAAAGGCACCACCAGGACUGAGUCCUCCUCCAGGUUUAAAUCUUCCACCAGGUUUAAGAAUACCACGUCUAAAAGCACCACCAGGACUGAAUCUUCCUCCAGGUUUAAAUCCUCCACCAGGUCUAAAAGCAUGUCCAGGGAAAAAUUUGCCUUCAGAGCUAAACUUACCACCAGGCCUGAAUGUGCUGCCAUCUCCAAACCUUGACCCAGCACUUGGUUUAAUGACUCCUCAGAGACUGGAAGUGGAACCAUUACCCAAAGCAUUAUGUGAUUCAAGAGGCAGUCAGUUUAUGAAAGCUGAAAAUGGUCAAAGUGAACCAGAAAGCUUGGAAAUGUUACUGAGAAUGCAAGAUGAGGAAGUAGACAUAGCUGAGGAGAUUGAUUUACAGGCUGCUCUUGUUAAACAUCCUGAGAAGAAAGCAGAAAUUGAUACUGACAUUGAAGAAUCUUACAGUGUUUUCGUUGAGCCUGUGGCAAUUAAGUGUGAUACAUCCCUAUUCAAAACCUCCCCAUCACCAUUUGGAGAGGUGAUGGUCAAAAAGCCCCCACUAUAUCCAGUAAAAAAGCUAGCUGAAAAAAGCUUUUCUGUUCCCUUUGAAAUUUUCAAGUUUGACACCCCAUCCCCUGAUGAACUUGUACGUAAGGCAUUGGAGGAUCAUAAAAAUCCUGACUGGUAUAGAUUAGUUACAAGGGAAAGACAGAGUAGGAGAUAGAAGUUUUUGACAUUUAGAUAUUUAGUGCCACUGGAAGGGCAAAUAUGCAGGUAAUACACAGUA